AUGUCUGAAACCACAUCAAAUGCGGAAACGACAGUUACUAGUCCUUCUACUCCGGAACAUGGAUCAACUCGAUCUCACGAAGUCAAAACACCAGGGGGGCAUAUUGUUAAAAAGAGAAACAGACCUAGUUUAGUAUGCUUUCCUUGCAGAAAGAAGAAGAUCAAAUGUGAUAAAGAAAAACCAUGUCAGAUGUGUGUCAAGAACAAUAUUGCCGACCAUUGUGAAUACGAUCAGAGACUAUUGGCUAGGAAGGAGGGUAAAGGAAAGAAAAAUAGUAGUGAGGCAAGAACUACGAAAAGGCGCAGAUUGCCAUUGUCAAACACAUCUACCCAAGAGAUGACCGAAACAUCUUCAGUAGCUGCUUCUGGUGAAAAAGAGCUCAGGAGCAACGGCGUCAAUCUGCCUAAUUCGUCAAACGAUGUUUGCGUAAUUAUGAAGAAGUCUGACCUAGAGGAACUACAGUCGAAAUUAAAGCAUUAUGAAUCAAUGAUGACUCCACCGGUAAAUAAUCGAAAGAAAACAAAUACUACUUCCUCAAAGUCAAAGAAGGACAAAAAUAUUGUUUAUAAUAGAUCCAUCAACUCUUAUCAAGGUGUUAUAUUCACUACUCAUGAGGAGAAUCGACCAGGUUAUGUUCCUCUCGCAGACAUGCUGACGGACCAAUCUGAUGUUUAUGAUUUGGAGCAAUCCGUGACAAGUGAGAUCCGUCUCGAUCAAGUUUGCAAACGAGAACAGUAUUUGGCUGGAAUUAACCCUUAUUAUGAUUUAAAUGAUGUUAUUCCGCUAUACUCACAAGUUUACUCAAGCAAUGAUGGUUCGAAAACUAGAAGUUUGUAUCCAUUGUCAUGGUCGUACUCGGUCAGAAAUAGCGCAUCGUUAAAGGCGCUUAAGACUUUUGCCGCAAAACAAAAACAAAAGGAUGACCUUAAGAGUAUUAAUGUUGGUAUCAAUUAUGAUCCAAUAAAAAGAUUGAUGGAACCAGUGGAUGAAAGAUUGAAAAGCACUUUGAACUAUGAUGAAAGUUCCGUGUCUCGAUUUGAAGCUAAAACGAAGGACACGGAAGAUGACAAGUUGGUGAGAGGACGGUCAAAGAGCACUUCCAUGACUCCAGACCCGGUAAAUAUGUCAACUUUUGCGUUAGAGCUAAGUGUUUUGGGUGGAUCAAGAGACCAUGAGAUGACUUUAAUCGAACAAAUUAAAGCAAUCAUGCCAACAAAGAGAGUUAUAUGGUUGCACAUCAAUCGAUUUAUGUACCUACUAUAUCCAUUUUUUCCUUACGUGAUUGAAGAUGACUUUAGAAGCUCAAUUGAAAAGAUUGUGGGCAAAGAAUCAUACGAGGAAGCGAAGCCAGAUAUUAAAGUCGCACAUCGCGGUGACUUUGCUCAAAUUGGAAUUUUGUUUAUAAUGCUUAGACUAUCCUACUUGUCCUUAUUUCAUAAUCGAGGAUUCCACAAUGAAAAAAUUCUCGCCAAAACUAACCUCACUUCUGAUGAAGCGGAAAAGAAAUUUCUCUUGUUAAAUCAAAUCGAAAUUGGCAUUGCAGAAAUUUCCCAAGCUUGUUUUCGUCAUUUAGAGAGAUUGGGACGAGUUAGUAUUCCAAUGUUACAAUGUGGGGUAUUCUUGCGUAUAUAUAGAAUUUACGCCCCCGAAGAAGGUGAUGGGUUGGAAGGAGGUUAUGGUCAUAUCCAAAAUAGUGUUUUGGUUUCCAUGUCGUACAUGCUAGGUUUGAAUAGGGAGCCGGACAAAACUCCCGAUUUCAAGGACGACAAGAUGAAAAACUUGUACAGAAAGAUCUGGUACUUUGUUGUACUGUCAGAGUACCAUUCAGCAAUCUUGUUUGGAUCGCCAGUACUGGUUAGAAGAGAAAGUUAUGACACAAAGAGGCCAUUUUUUACAUGGCAGAACUCAAACCUGAGGAAUAGAGAAACUGACCAGACUUCUAUAUUUGCAUUCAUGUCCACCAUCAUUGGUGGACCAAUUCAACGUGUUAUUGCAUUAUACUCCAAUGUUCAAGGAAAUGUAAAGGUUAUGGAAUUAACAACACAUCUCAAUACAAUUGAAAUGGGUGUGAGAAAGCUAUUUGGUAAGUUGGAGGACUAUUUGUAUUCACUAGAGGAACUGGACUCUCGAUAUCAUACAAAUAAGAUUUCCAAAGCUGCCAGCUUAUUGAAAGUGUAUUCAUUUUUGAUGUUGAAUUAUUGUUUCUUGUUCAACUUCUAUGAAAAGGUCAACAACACGUUAAGUUAUUUCUAUUUAAAGAAGAUGUUGACAUUGGCAAUGGACGAAGUAUUAGUCUCUAGCUUUGCAUUGAUAACAAAGAGCCAGGAGAUAUUUGGGGAAGGUGCUGAUCUUUUUAUCAACCCCACCAUUAUUCAAGUAUUGACGAGAAUCAGUGACAUAUGUAUCAUUGGGAUUGUGCGUUCCAACUUUUCCCUUUAUAAAGCACGUGCUGAAAUGAAAAUGGGCAAGGAAUUGACCACUGAUUACAAGAAGUUCACCGCAUCACUCAACCAUUUCAUCACACUUAUGGAGAAAAGUUGUCGUAUUUGUUUGAUAGGAAUAUCGAUCUUAAGUAAAAGAUACUUUUUCGCUUGGGAAGUUGUGAGAACUCAAAAUUACUAUUUGAAGUUAGUGACGAGCUCGGCUUUUUAUAAAGAGAUAAACAUUGACGGUUUGGAUUUUGCGCAGCCAACAGCAGAGAGGAUGGCAGAGGUGGCUGAUCUUGUUGAAGCUAGCUUGGAAAAAUUGGAGAAAAAUGUGGAAAAGUAUUGUCAAGAAGUUGGCAUUGAAUCAUUGUUCAAAAAGACUGAUGCUGAAAGUCUUCAACAGCAAACGAAGGAUCAUCCAUUCAACGAAGGGUUCAAUCACACCUUAACGGAAAUAACCCCAAAGAAUCAAGAACACAUAACACUGAGUCUCAAUACACCUGCAAGCGUUGAUUCCACAGGGUUAUAUUUUUCCGGUUUUGAGGAUUUACGAUUUGACAAUAGCGAGCAGAUUGAUUCAAUCUGGUUACAAAUGUUAUCCCUGAAAUCAAGUAAUCAAAACACAGGAAUUUCACUGUAUAACAAUUUAUUUCAAGAACAACCAGAUAUAAUCACUAAUAUCGGCAUAGAGGAUUUUGGGCGUGCAAAUGCUUCAUAUGAAAAUAUUGCUAUACCUCAGACCCAGUAUGCUAAUCCAUAUUAUGCGAAUACACAAGCCCCACAACAAGUCUCGAAUCUACGGAAUCAGCUGGCAAGUACAAAUAUGCAAGGCCAACAAUAUGCCACCGAUGGUCAGGGCUCCACUGCACAACCGCCUGUACCCGGAACUAGUUUAUACAACUAUUCCGAGAUGUUUGAUGAUUUACCAUUAGAUAAACUCUUUAAUAGGUAG